ACAGCAAACAUGGCGGCGUCAGACGUCCACGUCCGAAUAUGCGAACAAGAAAUACUUAAAUACGAUUUGGAAAUAAAGGCUCUCAUUCAGGAUGUCAAUGACUGCACAGGACCACAAAGUAGACUGACAGAUCUGAACUCUAAAGUGAAAGAGGGCUUCCACAACCUCAGGCUGAGGAUUCAGGAUCUGGAGCAAAUGGGCAUGGAGCAGGAUAAAGAAUCAGAGAAAAAGGCUUUAUUAAGCCAGGUGGAAGGACAUAGAAAACAGAUGCUUGGCAACCAGACAGCUUGGAGGAAAGCCAACCUAUCCAGCAAACUGUCAAUUGACAACUUGGAGAAAGAGGCACUUCUACAUGGAGGAGACAGUGAUUUAAGAAAAAGGAAGAUGACCAAAGAGGGUCUGGCCCAGACUUCCAGUGACAUCACAGAAAACUUAAUGAGCAUUAGCCGGAUGAUGGCUCAGCAGGUGCAGCAGAGCGAAGACACCAUGACCUCACUAGCAACCUCCUCAAGGACAGUCCAAGAAACCAAUGAGGAGUUCAAAGCCAUGACAGGGACCAUCCAGUUGGGAAGGAAACUCAUCACCAAGUACAACCGCAGGGAGCUCACUGAUAAACUGCUCAUAUUCCUGGCUGUGGCCCUCUUCCUUGCAACCGUCCUGUAUAUCCUGAAGAAGAGACUUUUCCCUUUCCUGUAAACUGGGCAAUCUCGAGGAUCGAAUGCUGGACAUAGUGUAUGCGGAGGUUUUGGAUCUGUCCAGGAUAACCAUGAUCUAUUUAAACACAGCUAUUGCAUUUCUGCUCUGUGGAAUGUCAUCCAUUCCCCGGGUUACGUUUUAUGCAGAAAAUGAUCAAAGAAAGCGUUGCACUCACUAGGGUAAUGCAGUGUUCUAUUUAUUGCUUAGUGUUCAGUCUACACAACCGUCAGACAAACGUGAUCAAUAACUCUGCCCCUAAAAAAAGAUGUACUUUUGAAGCAGACGUUUCUUAUGAGGUAUAUCUCUUGUUAGUGUGACAAUAAUGCUGUGCGUUGCUUGUUUUGAGGUCUGAUUUCAGAGAAAACAGAUGGCUGAUACAAAUGUUGUGAGAUCUCCUUUAAAAGCUCACUUUUUUAAAUUAUGUUUUUGCGUAAUCACCACUUUGGCCAUAUACACAGAUUGUUGAAGAAUUUUAAUAUGACUUCUGCUGCAAUUAGAAAUCAAGGCUGAUUUUCUCCCGUGGCUACAAGCACCCGACAGUCACGCAUAUACAAUGUGCAGUGAAACCCAUGUUAAGAUUUUGCAUCCUGCAAUGUUUUGCAUCAAAAACAAACACAGGCAAACAGAUUCUGAGUGAAAAUUUGGCCUCAAUGAAAUUAAUGUAAACAAAUUAAAAUGUACUCAGACUAAAAUGCUAUACGUGGAACCACAGUGAUCCUAAAGUUUUAAUUCCAGUUUGAGUCCUACCGUGUUCAAUUGACAUUCCAAUGUGUCAUGGCUCAUCAUGCACAUUUCUGCAUAAACAUAUAUCAUCUGUAAAUUUAUGGAGGGGAAAAACUCCCACUGCAGGUUUGGGACCAAUUUAAAUGGAUUUUUCAAAAAAUAAAAUAAAAUAAACAUGACCAGAA